AGGCGUGCGCCAUUUCUUUUAAACAAACCAUAUCCGAUCAUUCGUUUCUGUCCAUUUCGAUUAAAGAUUUAGUAGAGUAAUUUAUUAAGAGCAUAAUUUUUCAAAUUAUUCAUCAUUUGAUUUUCUUUUAAAUGAAAAUGAAAAGAGAACAAGGAGAAGACGAUGGAAAAGAGCCAGAACAAUACAGAAAACUUUUCAUUGGAGGCUUAGAUUACCGCACUACUGACGAUUCUCUCAAAAAACAUUUUGAACAAUGGGGAGAUAUUGUAGAUGUUGUGGUUAUGAAAGACCCUACGACUAAAAGAUCAAGGGGUUUUGGAUUCAUUACAUAUUCUAGAGCUCAUAUGGUUGAUGAUGCUCAAAAUGCCCGCCCCCACAGAGUUGAUGGAAGAGUUGUUGAACCUAAAAGAGCAGUACCAAGACAAGAUAUCGGACGUCCUGAAGCUGGUGCAACAGUGAAAAAACUUUUUGUUGGUGGCUUGAAGGAUGAUGUUGAAGAUGAAGACUUGAGGGAACACUUCAAAACAUUUGGUACUAUUUUGUCUGUAACAAUUGUAACUGAUAAAGAUACUGGCAAGAAAAGAGGGUUUGGAUUUAUCGAAUUUGAAGAUUAUGAUUCGGUGGAUAAAAUUUGUUUGCAACGGCACCAUGCCAUAAAGGGAAAACACAUUGAUGUCAAGAAAGCUCUCAGUAAAGCUGAAAUGGACAGAGCUACUUCUGGUGGACCAGGUGGGGGUGCUGGUGGCCCUAGAGUCGGUAGGGGCGGCCCCAGGGGGAACCAAGGAGGAGGCGGAAACUGGAACAGAGGCCCCGGUGGAGAUUGGUCAGGUAGUAGACAACAAUCGCAAGGAGGAUACAAUGGGGCAACAUGGAGCAGCAGUCCAUGGGAUAGCCAACAACAAAACAGUUGGGGGGGUUCCGGUGCCCCUGCCGGUGGUUACAGCACAGGACCCCAAGAUUGGAAUCAGGGAGGGGGUGGAUUUGGAAACUACCAACAAGGUUAUACUGGCGGGGCUGUUAGAAACAAUUACCACCAAAACAGAUCUGCACCAUAUGGUAAUCCUGGCUAUGGUGGCGGUUACAAUCAAGGCAGUAAUAUGAACAGUGCCAACAUGGGAGCUAACAGGAGAUUCUAAAACGACAACAGGUUUCAAGGAAUGAAACCAUAUAUGAUUUGAAGAUGCAUUAUUCAGAUCAAACAGCAUUUUUCAGGAAUAAACAUAAUUUAAUGUUUUGGCAGCCCCGCACAAUCCCAUUAGGAAGAUAGGCUUUUGUUAGUUACCUCUGCAUUCCCAAUCUUAGUGGAGUAGGUAGUGUGAAUAAGGUAUGAUUAUAGAAAAAUUGGUAUGAUUUCGAUAUUUGUAGACUCGAUUUCAAUAAUACUGUAGACUAUUUUAAUUAUGAUUGUGGUAGAAUCACAUUGCCAAUGGAAUAUAGUUGAUUACCUCCCAA